GGAUAUAAGCUCAUAGUUACAGGCAUCGAGCGUCACAGAUCGCGGUGUUUACGGGUGUGCUGGUUUAGUCCAUGUGGGGGGAUCACUUUUGUUUUCGAAUAUCUGGAGUUUCUGCUUCCUUAAUACUUACAAAUACCUGGAUUUAACAAGCGUACAGAGAACGGAUUAGGGGAGCAUGCUCAACCCUGCUGCUCAGUGACAGGCGACUGGGUCUGGCGUGGAAACGUGUCGUCUGCUACUCGUGGCAGAAGUGUUCAGUUGGCGGGAUCAACUUGUGCAAUAAACAUGGAUGAGACGGAUACCGCGGCAACCAACUGUCAGAGUGAUGGCAACAUGGAAGAAGAUAAAUGUCUGCGAGAGAAUGUUACAGUAAACGGCGAUGACCUUAAAGAGGACGGCCCCAAAGCGAACGCUGGGGAAACUGCCUCGUCUGAGGCUGUGGUGUCCGGGGAAAAGAAGGAGGACACGAAGACUGCAGAGGAAGAACUUCCAGGCAUGGAUAGUCGACCUGCCGCCGUAUGCAGGUACCGGUGGGCGAAGACCGUCCCCACCAGUUCGGCUGAAGUGAUCUUCUUUUCAUCCAACAAGCCGAACGAGCCAGUGGUAUUGUCGUGGAAUGACGCCCAAGCUGUCUUCUACUCGGUGGAGAUGCAGGUGCCGAGUGGAGAUUUCCAUGGCAACCUCGUCGUAGAGGGCGCUACCUACCCUUUGGAGGAUCACAAUGUCCGCCCCUACACGUUCGAGGUCGAUCUCUACAUCAAAGACGACGUCAUUGAAGAUGUGGUCAAGGCAAAUGAAACACAACUAGUAGAAGAAAAGUUUCAAGAACAUCUCCAAGCCAAAAAUAUAGACACAUACAGAGAUAUUAACACAGAUCUUGCAGGGUUGCCAAAAAUGGAUGGUGGUGCGGAAAAUGGUAUCCAUGUUACAUCCAAAUAUGAGGAUCUAGUCCGUCAACAGAUGCUACACAAGGAGACAUUGGAUACCAGUCUGGAACAUGAGGUCAACAUGUCUAUGAAAUCGGAACUUUCAAAUUCAUUAAAUGGUUCAGUUCGACAUACACCGGUUGGGGAUGUUGCUAUUGAAACCUAUGGAGACAAUGAGGACACAGUGCUCAGUAACCAUAGCAACCUUGGUUCAGUUCAUGGAUCGUCUCAUGGCUCUGCUAGACAAACCCCUCAGUGGGAUGCAACAGACGGAGGAAAGACCAGUAUACUGGAUGAGUUGGACAUGGCGUCGAACAGGUCCCAUCAUAGUUCUGCAAGACAAACGCCACAAAGCAAUGCAGUCGAGGAUAUUCUGAGAAACAGCUACUCCAACCCUUCUUCGCGACCAGGUAGUGAACAUUCUGGAAGUUACCAUGGCUCGAACAGACAUACUCCAACAACGGGGGAUGUGCUUAACGGGGAGGUGUACCAGUCGGGGGGAAGGUCAGGGUCACAGUCCUUGGAAGACUCACUACGACAAACACCAGUUGACAUCAGCAGCAGACCGCCGUCCAAUCAGGGAUCUCUUCAUGGGUCCUCCCACACACCCUUGACUGAAGCUGUGGAUGAAAUACUGGAGAGAUAUUCAAGAGGAUCUAACCAAGGUAGAAGUGAAUCUAUUGAGGAUGUUCUUGAAAGCCCUUCUCGAUCAGCCCAUAGCUCUGUUAGACAUACACCACAGAGGGACUUGGUGAAAGAAGACCUCAGUUUGCCAAGUUCUCAAAGGCAGACACCCCAGAAUGAAGUCAUCUUAGAAUCCUUCCGAAGCAGCCAUGAAAGACUCUAUGGAAGUCAGGAGAUUCGAGUCAGCACUGAAAUCUCAGCUCGACCAGGCAGUGCUGGUGGCAGUCAACACAGCAGUUCCAGCAGACCGCACAGCGUCACGAGUGAGCAGGAGCUGUCACAGUAUCUUGACUACCCACGAGGUGACUUGGGGCCAAGAAGAGCAGCAUCACUAACAGGACUGCAUCACAGUGACCCGCUGCUGCCCCCGAUAUCGCAGGACCGCCCUGGGAGUACAGCCAGCAUGCCGCCCCUCUCCUCCCAGGGCCUCGACAGACACUUCUCCACCCCUGACAAUCAUAUCCGGCUUCCUGCAGGAGGGGGCUCUCCACAGAUCAGAAGUCCUCUCGUCAUGACAAGGUCAGGGUCCGUUUCAAGGUCAAGUAGCAGAACUGUUACACCUGGGUCUGUGACAGGGGCCCUGACAGAGAACGGAUUCAGAGAAGAUGCCAAGAAGGUUGAUGACUACGAGGACACGAUAGUGAACCUACGGAAGCUUCUGAGUGGCCGUGAGACGGAGGUGCACCAGCUGACAGACCAGGUGCAGGACCUGAAGGACAUCAACCGAUCUUUGAUGGAGGAACUGGAACACACCAAGGCUAGCCUUGGACACAGCAGCACCAGCAGAGAGUAUGAGAAAAAGUACAAGCACCUGCUGAGUGAGAAGGAGAUUCUAGCUGUCGAGGUGGUCAAACUACAAGACCAACUGACCGCUCUUGGGGCAAAGGGGAACUCCAUUGGCAUCGACAACUACUCCCCAAACAACCCUUUGGCGCUUCAGCGAAAGAUCGAUGACCUUGAAGGUCACAUCCAGGACAUGCAGGAGGCCAAUGAGACGGCGAUGUUGCAGCUGACCAAGUCGGAGAAGCGUGUCAAGGAGCUGAUGCAGGAGAACGAAUCUCUGAGGAAGAGUCCAGUCCACUCCGUCCAUGAUCUGGAGCAGGACAACAGACGUCUCCAGGAGAAGAUAUCUCGACUCGGCGAUGGAGAAGGGGAUUACAGAUCCAGAAUAGAGAUGCAGCAACUCAAGGAUGACCUCUUGGCAUUACGAGACCGUAACUACCAGCUGAAUGAAGAGAAUAUACGUUUGAAGGAAGGAUCAGAUGUUAGAAGGGGCAUGCGACCAGGAGAUGUGUCCUACAAUCGUGAUCUCAAGAUUACAAGGGAGACUACUCUCAGAGCAGAUGACCAUUUGAGACGACAAAGUUCAAGGACACAAGAAAAAGCUCCUCUAACAAGAGACAAUGUUUCCUCUCUUGAACGAAGCUUUGGGUCUGACAGAGAGUCCAGGGACUAUAAAUAUGCCCGCAGUGGACGAAUAGAUGGAACAUAUCUUGAUAAUUAUAGAAUAGGCAAAGUGUCAUCAGGGGGUCUUGAAAGGUCAAGGUCAGAGCAAGAAGUGCAGAGUCGCUCAAACAGGUCACUUCCUGAUGGACAGGUGGCAGACAGACUAGUCACAGACUCUAGUAAAUAUAGUCGUCUCUUUGAACGAACUCGGUUAGAGAGGGAGCAAUUGUCACGUGAUAUUUAUACGUCAGAUCGGAGUAAAGAGCGUGACCGAAGAGAACACAGCCAUCUUGAGAACCAGAGGCCUUCAGCAGGAUCACAACUUGAUUCAAGAGUAAUCUACAAUCUGGUGCGUGACCGCAUGCAGAGUCCAUGGAGUAGUGCCUCACUCCACCCUGAUCAUGUCACCAGUGUCACCACCCUCGGUCGGGCCUCACCCCAGGGGUACAGUGCCACUGACACCCCCAGGGGCAGUAUCCUCACCCCCUCAGUGUCCCAUCUGGAGGCAGGGUGGAGAGAGGGUGGACAUAAACGGACUGGUUAUUUCUCCGACUUCGGGGAUUCUGCAGUGCAUGCUGGGAAGUCACGUGACUAUGAGACUCAACACCGCAAGCAACAAAGCAGUCACGAGAGCUCCUAUAAUCAUGAGAGAUCUUAUAAAGGCGACUACGACAUGCAGAGGAAGUUGUACGCAGAAGACAAUGGAGAGUUGAGCGACACAGCCACUGAUAUACUCCUCAGUAGUGACUUCAUUGACCGCAAACCAACUAGAUCACAUCGACAUCGGCGACGACAGUCCGUGGAAUCGGAGUCUUUGUCUUCUGCAAGUGAUGACGAACAUCCUGGAUCUCGGCGAAGACGAUCAAAGUCUGUUGAUGCUAGAGGUGACUGGGUGGCUCGUCGUACCCCAACUGGUAGUCCCUCUCGCACAACGCCCGCCAUGCAGAUGAGAAUCUCGGCUAGUAGUGAGAGGUUGGCCCAGAAUACACCUGCACCAAGUUCUGCUGGAUUCCGGAGUGUCACACCUCAGCCAAUCGCAACUCAACAUAACAAGGGCAUGAUGGGAACUAUUAUGUCGCUAUCAAGCUCCCUGACACAGGGUAUGCGUCCGUUCGCUCCACGCAGCCCUGGGGACAUGAAGCUGGACGAUGUGGUCAAGUUCUCCCGCCAGGGCGGCAAGCUCAGCCAGGGCAUGGUCAAGUUCAUCGGUCAUCUGCCUGGCCGCAGUGACGUCUACCUCGGGGUGGAGCUGGAUAAGGAGGAAGGAAAACAUGACGGCACAUUUGAAGCAAUCCGUUAUUUCAAGUGCAAGCCCAACAAAGGAGUUUUUGUUGCUUUCAACAAAAUUGUGAUGGCCUGGGCACCUUGAUAUCGUUGACAAUGUGAUCAUUAUGUGCGCCGUAUCUUCCUCAAGCCACGGACAACGCUAACCUCGUACAAUACCAAAGCUACUGCCUGACAAGAUGAAACACUGUGACUGUUGUAUGUGUAAAUAUGGAUGCAUGCAUUGCCUGAAAUAGUUUGUGUGAUGGCAUAAGUCCUUCAAAUUGUAGCCAAUUACAAACAAUCUGUGAUAUGUGGCCUUGGCUGCUUCCAUUUUCUUUACUCUAUUUAAAGACUAUUUAUAGUGCAUGUACAAUUAAUUUAGUUCCAGACAAUUUAUUUAUUUACUUUCUAUUCAUUACUUAUUUCCAUAGGACAGAUUAGAUAAAAUAUCUCAAUGGAGGUCACAUGGACUGAGUCAACAGUAGAAAAAUUAUAUGUACCUAAUGUUGGUUUACUCCAGCUAAUUAUACAAAUACAAUACUGUAGGACAGCAUAUAACUCUAGAAAUAGAAUGUUCAGAGAUCAGUUGUAUUUACAUGUAUUUAAAUGUAUUUGUCAAUCAAACAAAAUAUAAGGCUGUGAUUUGAACAUAUCAGUGAAUAUUUUCACUGAAUACUAAUAUUAUAGUGAUUAGCAGGAAUGAAAAAUAUACAGACUUAGAGUUACUUCCCUUGUUACAAUGGCGGUGUGAUCAGUGCAUCACACUGUAUGUAACAAUAGGGGAAAUUCACUCACAAUACACAGGUCUGUUGGGCCAACAUGGUUAAAUUUAUUUUAACACAAACAUGAUUAAAAAAUACAGUGAAUAAACACAAAUCAUACAAUUGGAAUUGCAAAUAGCAUUCAUACACAAUCAUCUUGUUUUGAUUAUUAAACUUGGAUUUGUAAAUAGAUCACCCAUAUUUAUUAUUAUUUAUUUGCUUUUUGUAAUGCUCUAUAGUUUAUGUACUUUUAGAUAAAUUAAGUCCGUCCAGUAUUUUGCUAGUGGCACUUUAAGCCUUACAUCUGUGAUGUCAUGUUUUGUUGUGUUUGCAUAUUUUAAUAAAUGUACACUGACCAUA